UUCGGACAUCGAAAGGAUUUGAGCAGUUUUUCAAAAAUAGGGCUACCAUUAAACAUGGUGCUCGGGUUUUUCUGAGCAUUAUAUUGUAUAUUCCAAUCCCCUGAGCGUUCUGUCGUUAUUGGUGUGAUAUUAUUGUACCUGAAUAAACGGAAGUGACCAUUUCGCUUUUCUCCUUGAUUGACGAUGAUGGAGUGUGCAGCACCUGGUGUUGAGGAUGCCAACGUCUGGGGUCUCGUAAGUUUGAAGAAGGGCGAUAGAAAAGCCCAAAGGAAAAUUCUAAACGAGUUUCACAGACACAACGAGGUGUUGAAUGAAACUGACGAGAUUCAGGAUGCAAGAAAAGCCAGAAGGAUAGCUUUCAGAGGAGUUAAACGUCAGCUUAAUCUCUGGAAAGGCCCUGUACACAAAAAUCGUCUUGCAGAACAAAUCGUUUUUCCAAUAAAUGACAGAGAAAUCGUUAUGUCAGCCUCCCAAGAUGCUGCAAAAAUGAAAGAGCAAGUUUAUGUUAUGGAUACCAUAAAAGACUCGACAAAUUUACAGGGGAAAUUAUAUAAUGCACUGUAUAAAGAUAUGGACACAAGUACACCUCAGGAAGAAAUUUCAGACAAGGCAGCGAGGAUGGUUUCCAAGAUGUUACUGGAAAAGGUUGCUAUGCGUGAUAGAGAACGUUUUUUACUUGCUCGAGCUGCUGCCCGUAACAAGCGUCAAAAUAAAAUUAAAAGCAAACGAUUCCAUCGUCAUCUGAAGGCACGUUCUAUGAAAGAAUAUGAAAAAGAAACUGAGUCAUUACGCCUCAAUAAUCCUCGGAAGUUUGCUGAACGUCUUCUUAGUGCCGAAUUAAGUAGAGUCAGAGAAAGAGCCAGUCUGAAACAUAGAGGUGGUAGUAAGUUUGCAAAAUUACAAAAAUUGAGAGCAAAGUAUGAUUCUGAGGCUAGAGCAGCAGUAGCAGACAUGCACGAGUUAUCUCGUGAGACCACAAGAAGGAUUGAUCCCGACCUUCUGUCUGACACUGAUGAAUCUGAUGUAUCUUUAUCAUCUGAAUCUGAGGGGGAAUCAGAAGGGUCUGAUUUUAAUUUAGAAGAUGAUGCUGACGAAGAAGUAAAUGGUGUUACUCAAACCCUCGGUUGGUGGAAAAAGAGCUCAUCCAAGAACAAAUCAAAGACCGAACAUCAGACAACUAAUCGAGCUGUGCUUUCUACUGAGGCAGCUGAAGAAGUGCUAGAAAAAUAUGAAGUCAAUCAGAUGAUUUUAAAUGAACCAGUAGUGUGCAAUACUGGUGUGACUGCAGAAUCAGAUAUAGUUGAUCCUAAUUCAGAAGGGUUUUUCCAUGCACUUCAAGAAAGCUUUGCAAAUGAUCCUACAUUACAACAGAAGUUUUCUGCCGAGAAAUCUGAAACUGUAAAAGAUGAGGCACCCCAAGAUAUUGAUACAUUUCUGCCUGGAUGGAAUUCUUGGACAGGUCCAGGAACUGAGAAGGCUGAUGAAAGAAAGCGGAAGUCCAGAAUUAUACCUGCCCCUAAAGUAAAACGUGAAGAUGAUAAAAAACCUCACGUAAUCAUCAAACGGCGUGUAAAUCAAGACUUCAAGCAACACUUGGUAAAAACUAUUCCGUUCCCAUACAACACACCAGAACAAUUUGAAGCUUUUAUCUCUCAGCCUAUUUGUAGAGAAUGGACAACAGAACUUACACAUCGUGAAUUAACAAGGCCCAAAGUCACAGUUCAGUCAGGCCGUAUUAUCAAACCAAUAUCAAAGUCUGCAGCCUUACUACGUGAUAAAGAUAUAGAACGUUUUGUUAAACAAAACAAAAACUCUUAGUAUACUGUACAUUACUUAUCUUUUUAUGAAAUAUCAAUAUCUACAUUGCAAUAUGAAAUAUAACAUCCAUAGACUGUGCAGUAUUAUCUAAGGUAAUUUAAUUACAGUAAAUAUCCUAUAAGAUACUUUUGCCCUGGUGACGAGUUGAUCGAUGUAUGUAGUAUUAAACACGUAACUGUUAACAUCCGGUUAGUGAUAUUCUGAAGUAACAAUUACUCUGAUUAUGUAAUUUGAUGGCUUUAAAAUCGAAAGGGAUCUUGUACAAACUAUUAGCCAUGACGCUGUCGUAAUAAUGUAGAUCAUUGGCGACAUGUAGAAUGUAUCUGUUUUAUGUUACAUCGAAUAUCAUUACCCUAAAAUUUCUCAUCAAAAAGUGAACACUUCUUAUAAUUACAAAAAUGUGAAUAGUAGCAUUCGCAUGCGUAACCAAAGGAUUUUAGGUGGGAAGUUGCGUGGAAGUUAAUCUUUCAAAAAUCAGGAUAAUUAUUGGGCAGAAAAAUUAACAGCCAUAACAAAUCGGCAGUCCAGUUGCAAGCAAGGUUUCAUUAUCUGGAGAUUAGUAAAAUAUACUAUUAAAUAAUAAUGGUCGACCAGUGUUGUCUGAUUUUUGGUGAUACCGUCAAUGGAGCUCAGUCAUGUCAGGAGUAAGACAGUUAUCAUCAGUUACAACGGAUUAACAUCGCGCUAUUUCGCGAACUGAUUAGAGUUACGACUAAGGAUCUUUUAAUCUCAAAUUAGGUGGUCCAGUAAUUAACUACAUGUGCGAGACUUGCCGAUCCUCAGUUUAAUCUAUGACGGCUUGUGGGCGCGCGUACCUGGGUCUCUUACUGCGCUGGAACUACUGUUCAGUGCUCCCUGGUUUUCAGUAGUACACUAGCUGAUAUCGACCCAUGGUGAAACCCUCCUACAAUAAACAAAUGAAACAAAAAUGACAAAUUAACGCCUUUAAAUUAUAGAACAAGGCAACGGAAGCCAUAAAAAAAUUUAUUACGUCAUCCGAUAUUGUAUCAAGAUUUCUAGGACAGUGGUGAUCGCAGAGAACCAGUCGCGUUUACUUGCUAGUUUCUUUGUCGCUACAUCACGUCACGUUAGGGAUUUUGCUUAGUUACUUCCGAACAUGGACUAACAUCUGCGAUGAGCGACUGUCUGGCAAGAUUUUUAGACUCAACAACGGGUCAUGUCUACAACCUCACUCAAGUACGGUGCCACGACUGUAAGGUCUUGUAGCUAUAAUUGACUGGAAUCUGCAAUAGACAUGGGCCCAUCGUCUUCAAUAUAUAGCCUGUCAGAAGAGAAAAAACUACUUUGUGAUAAGUAUCAAUUAAGUUUGACUGGAGGGAAAUCAUAAUGGUCUGUACAUAGCGCCCGUACAAGUAAACGCUUGCUUCCCCGUUAUGAGGUGCAAAUUGUUCUUAUAAAAGCUUCAAUUUACAGUGGCACUUGAAUUUUUAGGUUCUCAUCGAUAUAACCAUGAGGGAUAUCGUUUUGGUGAGAAAUCAGUUGACACGUUUUCAACAGCCAUCCGAGUUUUUCUCCCCAUUUCAUGUAAGUCACUUACACUUAUCUGAACGUCAAGAAAUAGCUGGGUUUUUUUACGGAAUACCUUAGUUUCUAAAUUCUAAUGAAGAUUUGAACAAUUCGCAAACCGCAUAAAACCAACUAAACAAGGCUAAUUACGGCCAAAAGGAAUGGAGUAUUUCUAGUUAUUAAUUCGAGUUUUAAACUAAGAGGAGUUAUACGUGAGUCUUUUAGGACAACAAAUAGGAUGGUUUUUGACUCCCCAAAGAUGCGAACAAAUAAGGUCAAGAUAAGCCAAUAUAUUACGGACUCCUUAUGCUUCAGAAAACUCCUCACAGAUGAUCCGCCACCAAAUUUUUGGGUUCACGUAUAAAAAAUUCAUAAUACUAUAUUACAUCCCUCAUUAGUUUGACCUAGUGAUAUAUUGUGCAUAUGCAGCUUGCUACGAAGCAAGAUGUACCUCCAUAGUACAAUUUACUUUGCUGUUCCAUUUGGUAGAGAAUAUACUCGAAAUUUCCUGCAUUUCAAUUCACAUGUAUGUUAUACUUCUAUUACUCUAACAAGUAACUAGUCAGAAUGAAGUUUGUAUUGUAAAUUUGUUCC